AUGGUUCCAAACAUUCUUCGUUAUCAGGCUCUCAUAGCCUUGCUUCUGGUUGGCCCUGCCGCUGCAUCUAUCCUGUACGACGCCCAACCUUCUAUUGAAAUUCGUCAGGAUACAAGUUUUGCUUCUUGUGAGGCUGCCUGUGAACUAGGCUCCUGCGGUGGUCUAUGCUCCUCUGUCAGAAAGUUGAAGAGAGACUUUCUAUCAUUCGACGAUGGCUUUCUAGGUGUAGCCAACGAGAGUGCCGCGGUGGAUAGCUCCUUGGAAAAGAGAGUGUUCCGAUUCGAUAUCAACAACCCUGGCUACGACCGUGGAUUUCCAACCAUCGAGCAAGUCAGAAGCUACCUUCCAGAUGUUGAUGAUGGUGGCGAAGACGCCUAUUUUAAGGUGCCCUUGAGUGUUGUCACCUCAAGCCCGGAAACCGAAGCCACUGUGAGUCAGGAGAGAAGGUUUGGAGAUGAGCCAUUUCAAAUUAUGUCUCGUGGAGUGCAUGGUUGUCAGGUUAUCGUUGUAGUUUCCGAUCGUGCUGUUUGGAUGACGCAUCUCUGGGAAUCAUAUUCGAAUGGUAAAAUUCCCUUGAAAGAUGAAAAAGGAAACACGGUGGUAGAUAAACAAGGAAACACAGUUAUGACACAUGGCAAAGACACCCUUGACGACCCUGCCUUUGACGAUCGGAUCCUAAAGUUCCUGCGGGGUGUUGAAGUCACCAACCCAGCUAUGAAUGAGAGAGGAGGCUAUAUCCAACCUGUUGGCGGAGGAAUUACUGCAGACCUCUACACAGAUAGGAGCGACAACACGCAGGCCUUUAUUUUCACGCCCGUGGUAGAUGGGGAGUCAGCCGGAUCAAAGAAUAUCCUUUACAACAACGGGGUCAACAAACUGAUUAUCCCCACGCUGAUGGAUAUUCUUAACCUCAGAAAUCCCAAAAUAGUGGUAGUCAGCUACGCGCGUGUGACCAGGGAGAAGGAAUACCUGCUGGACUCUUCGGAACGAGGACACGUAUUGUUCCAGUUUGACCCCAACAGCGACAAUAACGGGAAACGGGCUUGGCGUCUCAUCAUGGAGAGUGCUUUUAUCCCGUCAUCACGUCCUCUUCCCCCUCCUUGA